AUGGAUAGGGAAGAAAUGUCAAAUUUCGUCGAAGGAAAAGUGAAAGAUGUUAUACAGUCGAAUAACAGGGAGCUUCUGAGCAGUAUCAGCAACAUGAUAGCUAAGAUAAGGGACAAGUCUUCUUCUGCUAUUUCUGUUUUAGAUGUUCCAAAAUUUAAACGUAAAAGUAAUGAGGAACAAUUUAAAUUAAAUGCCAAAGUUAUACAAAAGAUAGAAGGUGCGCAUUCAGCCGUGGAAUCAGAGGAUUUAUCGUCUGCUAAAGAGGCUAUUAUUCAAGCCAGAGACAUGUUGAAGCACCGACAAAAAUUAGUGCUUCUGGCCGAUACGUCGGAUUUGGGUUGGAGAUUGGUCAGCGAAUACGAGGCAAAUCCCAUCGCUAGCGAUAGCGACGACGAAAAACGUAUUUAUAAGGCGGAGGCUCGUGCCAGCAGGAAGGCUAAGGCAGACAAGACCAAAAAACCCAGAAAAAACAACUGGCCAUACAAGCGUCCAGAGGCAUCGGGAUCUGCGCAGGCGUCACAGGGCAUCAGACAGCGUCCCGGAUUGUGUUUUUCAUGUGGAAAGGCGGGUCACUGGAAAAAUGAAUGUACACAGAACAGUUCUUACCAGAACAAUAAGUACUGGCUUGAGGCAAACACUAAAAAGAAAGUUUGACGAGGCUGGCGUUCAGAUAAAUAACGAAGAACAAUGUAUAGACAGAAUGGCUACACAUAUUUUGAGCUCUAGAGCUGAUAGCACUGUAAAUAAAUAUGCUCAUCAAGUGAAAACUUUUAAAGAUUUCUGUAUUUCGAAGGGAUUUCCCUGUGAUCCAGCACAUUCCAUUCACGUCGCCAUGUAUUUAUCGAACUUAAUAGACAGUGGAAAAUCGGACAGCGUAAUUAUGGCAGCUUUUUAUGGAAUUAAAUGGUACCAUAGUAUUAACGACUUCCAGGAUCCAACGGAGAACGUAGUGGUGAAAUCUAUGCUAGAAUGUGCAAAACGGUUGAACUCUAAACCCACAACGAAAAAGGAUGUAAUUACUACAGAACAUUUAAUAGAGCUUUGUAAUAUGUUUUCAGAAUCUACGGAUGUUAUCGUACUCCGCGAUCUGACAAUGAUUUUGUU